AUGGCGUCCGCCGCCGCACGAAGUCCGAACUCCUCCACGUUCCCCGCACUGCUGAAGCGAACAAAAUUUGUGACAUACGAUCCGGCCAUCGCGCAGGUCUACACCUCCCCCUCUGGCGAUGCGCACCGCGGAAACUGGGGCCUGAAGCGCCCACUCGCGCUCAAGAGACGACGCGCUUUCAUCACCGUCAAAACAGUUGACACCCUCGAGAAGCAGACGGACUGGGACCCCGCCAACCAAGAAGCACUGUUCAUGAAGAAAUGGGCCGAGGUCGGCAAGGUCGAUAAUCUGCAGCCGUAUACGCCGUGGGCGGAGCAGCUAGGAGUUACCGGCUUGAAUCGCUGGAACAUCGACAGCGAGUUUGCUCUGGGGACGAAUGACGGCUCGGCCUGGAUCAACGCCGCCAAAGGGCAGCGGAAGGCCCGUACGAGGGUCAGCUCGCUUCAGCCGCAGAGCACCGGCACGAGCGCCGACCCCUCGCAAGUGCGAGAAGCCCCGACAAGUGUCGACCCUCCUCAGGUGCAGGGCCUCAUACCGAAUCCCGAGGCGAUGAAACCGAAGGAGUUCGAGGCAUAUCUGGAUGAUAUCCGCGAAAUGCGACCGGAGUUCUUGGAGUUCUUGAAGCAGGAGGCGGCCAAGUCAGAGGCGGAGGAGCGGAAGCAUCUGUCCCAGGAAGCGCUCAAUGCACAAUCAAGCUCGCGGAAUGGGGCCUCACGUCGGCGGAUUGGCGUGUCCGAUGACCCGCUCACCCAGUAUGCUCAGAACUCGAGCAUUUAUCGUACAUUCCUCCGAGAACGUGCCAUGAAUCAUGCUCUCGACCCCCACUCGAGGAGGCUCGAGCGCCAGCCCCACCCAGACGCUGGCCUCAUCUACAUCAAGCUACCCCGGCUCCAGCACUACUUCAUGACCAAGCCGCAACCAGGACGGGUGUUGCAAGGCACGUCGUUGGUACGCGAUGCGCAAGCCUACAUCACCAGCUUCGCGGGCAUGACGCCGCUCCUCAACCGCAGAGCUCACGGUGACCAGACCAACGUCGACUUUGGCACAGACAAAACGCCGCGUUACGACAGCCAAGCGGGCAUCCUCCGAAUGCGACUCCGCAAAGCUCAAUUGCUUCGCGCGCCUGAAGUUGUCGGCAGGCACACGACGGGCCUCAGUGGUGCGCGCAUCACCGGCGAGGUCGAACCCGUGGGUCAGAUGGAUGCGUACCGCCCUGUCACCUGGGUGCCGGGCAGCAGGGACUACGUCGGAGCGUUGACGCCGCUCGAUGGACCAGUCGCGCCCAUGCGCUCUGGCUUAGUACCAGCCCCGAAAUCGAGAUCAGGGCAGGGAGCAGCGAAUUACCUCGUGAAGAACUCCAUGCAGGGAGAGCAGUUGUUGAACAGAAUCAAGGGCUUACUAUCAAACAUGAAGACUGACGAGGUCUCGGAGGGGGACGACUUCUAAUCGUUAUAUGGAGGGUAUGACUUAGGAUACUCAGUAUCAUAAUUUGAUGAUUCGGCUGAGGGCCCGAUCGGAAGCACAGGAAACUUAGUGGUUUGGAGGGGUUAUGGAUUGUGUGCUAAGCAAUACUUACGUAUACAUAUCCCGACCUUCAUUGCCCAGGUAUCCGAGGCAUUGCACCUGAGUGCGUGCUUCGUGAUCCGAGAGAUUGCAAC